AAAGGGAGAAGCAGGAAGAGGCGGAGCAAAGACGAGAAGUUCAACGUCAUUUUGCAGAAGUGAAAGUGUGAGAGAGCAGCAGCAGAGCUGCAGUUGAGUCCUGUUUGUCUCUAAAAGAAGAUUCACUGGAGUCCAUCAGGUUUCUCUCAGCAACAGUGAGUGCAGACAUGUCUGCUGCCAGCAAUCUGCGAUCUGAAGAUCAGUUUCGGUGCUCCAUCUGUCUGGAUGUGUUCACUGAUCCAGUCUCUACACCAUGUGGACACAACUUCUGCAAAACCUGCAUCAGUCAGCACUGGGACAUGAAUGUCAUGUGUCAGUGUCCCUUGUGUAAAGAGACUUUCUACACUAGACCUCAGCUGAGGGUCAACACCUUCAUCUCUGAGAUGGUUGCUCAGUUCAGAUGUGAAGCUCAGCAGAAAGCCAGCAGCAGCAGCAGCUCAGAGCAACAAGCUGCCAAACCAGGAGAAGUUCCCUGUGACGUCUGCACUGGAACCAGACUGAAGGCCCUGAAGUCCUGCCUGGUGUGUCAGACCUCCUACUGUCACACUCACCUGGAGCCUCAUCUGACAGUGAAACGUCUGAAAAGACAUCAGCUGAUUGAUGCUGUGGAGAACCUGGAAGGCAGGAUGUGUACGAAGCACGAUAAACUUCUGGAGCUGUUCUGUAAGACCGACCAGACAGGUGUCUGCGUGCUCUGCUCUGUUUUAGACCACAAGAACCACGAGUUUGUUCCUCUGAGAGAAGAAUAUGAAGGAAAGAAGGCAGAGCUGGAGAAGACAGAGGCUGAGAUUCAGCAGAUGAUCCAGAAGAGACGACUGAAGAUUCAGGAGAUCACAGAGUCGGUGAAGAUGAGUAAAGAUGCUGCAGACAGACAGAAAGCAGAAGGUGUUCAGGUCUUCACUGCUCUGAUGGAGUCUGUUGAGAGACGCCUGAAGGAGCUCAUGAAGGAGAUCGAAGACAAACAGGAAACUACAGAGAAACAGGCUGAAGGUCUCAUCAAAGAUCUGGAACAGGAAAUCUCUGAGCUGAUGAAGAGAAGCUCUGAGGUGGAGCAGCUCUCACGCUCUGAAGACCACCUCCACCUCCUCCAAAGCUUCUCCUCCCUGAAAGGUGCUCCACCCACCAAGGACUGCACAGAGGUCAGAGUCCGUCCACCAUCAUAUGAGGGGACUGUGGGGAGAGCUGUGGCUCAGCUGGAGGAGACAGUCAGGAAACUCAUGAAGAAGAAGCUGUUUGAUGCUGAGCUGCAGAGGGUGCAGCAGUAUGAGGUGGAUGUGACUCUGGAUCCUGAUACAGCAAAUUCCUGGCUCAUCCUGUCUGAUGACGGAAAACAAGUGUAUCAUAGUGAUGUGAGGAAGAAACUUCCAGACAAUCCAGAGAGAUUUUCUCAGUGUGUUUGUGUUUUAGGAGAGCAGAGUUUCUCUUCAGGCAGAUUUUACUUUGAAGUUCAGGUUAAAGGAAAGACUGAGUGGGCAUUAGGAGUGGCCACAGAGUCGAUCAACAGGAAGGGACAAAUCACAGCGAGUCCUCGAAAUGGUUUCUGGACUGUAGUGCUGAGAAAUGGAAAUAAGUACAUCGCUUGUGAUUCCCCUUCAGUCCCCCUCUGUCUUCAUCCUGGUCCUGAGAAGGUGGGGGUGUUUGUGGAUUAUGAGGAGGGUCUGGUCUCCUUUUAUGAUGUAGGUGCUGCAGCUCUGAUCUACUCCUUUACUGGCUGCUCCUUCAUUCACAAACUCCACCCAUUCUUCAGUCCCUGUCUGAAUGAUGGAGGUAAAAACUCUGCACCUCUGAUCAUCUGUCCUGUCAAUCAAACUGAGUCGAUCAACGACUGAUUUUAUUUGAUGAACUGAUUGAUUUUUAUUGAAGUGAACAAAUGAACAUAUUGAGUGUAAAUCCUCUACAGUCUCCAUGUUUCUAUAGAAUCUGAUUAACAGGACUCUGAUUCACACUUUGAUUCUCAUGGAGUUUGAUUUGAACAGAAGAAAAGUUGAAUCAGGAAAUGUUCCCACUGAUGGAGACUCAAGCUGAAGAGCAAAUAUCAGAGAAUAAAUGUCACAAUAAAGUUUGUUCAAUGCUUUGAGUGAAUCCAGACUCAUGUGUGGCUGUUAUACGGAGCAUCAGAGUCCAGCUGAGUUAUGUUGGAUACAAACUGCUUAUUUUGGCUCUGUGAGGAUUUUUGUUCACUGGAAACUGAUAAGACAGAUAAUAUUCAAAGAACUCUGUAGAGAUUCAUGCAUCCAUGUUCUCCACCUGCAGGUGUGGAGGAGAAAGGUGGAGCACAGACUGCUGCAUCCUUCCAGUCACAUCAUUUUGAUGAUUAUAUUUCCAUGUUGUGAUGAUUUGGGUUAAAGAGAAACAGAGUUGAACGGCUGCAGUCACAGCAUGAAUAAGAUGCUGAAGCUGAGCUGUCAGUGAACAUGUCUCACUGUGAUUUGAUUUGAAGAAUAUAAAGUGUGUGUGGCUGCUGACAGCUGCAGUCUCUGUUAGUCUGCAUGUUCAACACACACACAACUUUCCCCCUGAGGCAACGAUCCAGCAACAACACAAAGAACAGCUGCAGACACACACACACACACACACACACUGUUAAAGAACACUUUACUGUUUAAGGUGGAAUUCCUCCUUCCUCAGUAACAAUGAUCUGAGGUCACUACCAGUGGCUGCUGCGGUUUUGGAUCAGUAACAAUUUACUGAAACAUG